AUGUUCCCCAAUAGUAGGGGCGUGAGCCCGUCCCUUACCGAGGAGAUUGCGCACUACGUCCUUGAAUUGUGGCACGAGCAUCGGAUUCCUAUCAUACUGUCGACUUUGUUCGUGUUGGGUUUACUCCGGAUAUAUCUACACUCGACCCAAGAAAAGGAGGGGCUCCAGACCUUCUCGGAGUCGUAUGAGAAAUUGCCGCAACAAGACAGGCCUAUUGACAAUCAGAAAGUGAAAGCGACCGUUCAGGGAGAUGACUCGGAGACAUCUGAGAGCCCAAAAGUGGCUGACGAAAAGAAAGGGGCGAGGCAAGGCCCCCGGAGGAUAAAAGGCGAUGUUACCAAGAAAGGUCAUGGGAGUACAGACAGUGGAAGCGAAACACGCAAAAUCCAAGUGUUAAUGUUCUACUCAUCUUUGACCGCCACCACCCCGAAUAUCACGAAACAGUUUGUCGAAGAGUUGGCAGCAUCCAUUGGAGCGUCAGGGGGACAGAAGCCGGGCACAAAAUUCCUCCCACCACAAGUUCUCGAUAUCUCCGAGAUCGACUUCGACGAAUACUUUAUUACACCCCCCAAAUCCGAAGCCGAACCGACAGACUACUUCUACCUCUUUGCGAUCCCUAGCUACAACAUUGACAGCAUCAACGACACAUUUCUCGAACACCUCCAAGAAACGCACCAUGACUUCCGCAUUGACACUUCUCCGCUCGCUCCGAUCCUAGGCUAUUCGGUGUUUGGUUUUGGGGACAGGGAAGGUUGGCCGACCGAGGAGGAGGGGUACUGCUUCCAGGCUAAGGAGGUGGACAAAUGGAUGGCCAAGUUGAGCGGAAGGAAACGCGCAUACCCUCUUGGAAUGGGCGACUGGAAGAGGGAUGGUAAGGAGCGACUGUUAGAAUGGCGAACGGGUUUGACAGACGUUUUGAAACAGCUGGAGAAGACUGGCGCGCUUGGGGACGGUGUCCCAGGAUCGGGAGACCCGCUCGAAAGCGACGACGAAGAAGAGGUGGAAGACGAUGAGGAGGUCUUGAUUGAAGAGGCUUCUGUGCCCAAAGCGACGAAAGGGAAGGGCGGUUCGGGGAGCCUGGAGGAUGUGGAAGAUAUUGGCCGGAUUAUGGAGUUGUCGCGGACGGAUGGUCCAGAGAAGAAGACAACGGCUCCUCUAGCCAUCGAUUUCACCACCGAAGGAAAAUCGAUCCCCAAGAAGAAAGCCGUCACCGUUACUGUGAAGGAAAUGGUUCCCAAAAGCUCACCCACCUACGCCGCGCUCACCAAACAAGGGUACUCGAUUGUGGGCUCCCACUCAGGGGUCAAGAUCUGUCGCUGGACCAAGUCAGCCCUCCGCGGCCGAGGGUCCUGCUACAAGUUCUCCUUUUACGGUAUCAACUCGCACCAGUGCAUGGAGUCGACCCCGUCCCUGUCCUGUUCCAACAAAUGCGUCUUUUGCUGGCGUCACGGCACCAACCCGGUCGGCACGACUUGGCGGUGGGUAGUAGACCCACCACAGCUCAUCUUUGAUGGAGUCAAGGAGAACCACUACAAGAAGAUCAAGAUGAUGCGCGGUGUACCCGGCGUGCGUGCCGAACGGUUCGCCGAGGCGAUGCGCAUCCGGCACUGUGCACUUUCGCUCGUCGGCGAGCCCAUCUUUUACCCACACAUCAACGAGUUCCUAGGCAUGCUGCACAGCGAGCGUAUCUCGUCCUUCCUCGUUUGCAACGCACAACAUCCUGACCAACUCGCUGCGCUCAACCAUGUUACACAAUUGUACGUCAGCAUCGACGCCUCGAAUCGCGAAUCGCUACGCCGCAUCGACCGGCCCCUCCACCGCGACUUCUGGGAGCGCUUCCAGCGCUGCCUCGACAUUCUUCGCGAGCGCCGCUUCCGCCAGCGCACUGUGUUUCGCCUAACGUUGGUCAAGGGCUUCAACGUGGAGGACGAGGCCGAGGGGUAUGCCGACUUGGUCGAGAAGGGUCUCCCCUGCUUUGUCGAAGUCAAGGGCGUCACCUAUUGCGGCACCUCCACGGCUGGCAGCGCUGGCCUGACUAUGGCCAACGUGCCGUUUUAUCAGGAAGUGUGCGACUUCGUAGUGGCGCUGGAGGCUGCGCUGCGUCGACGUGGGCUAGCAUAUGGUAUUGCCGCGGAGCAUGCGCACAGCUGUUGCAUUUUGCUGGCAAGCGAACGGUUCCGAGUUGAUGGGAAAUGGCAUACGCUGAUCGACUAUGACCGGUUCUUUGAUCUGCUGGAGGAGAAAGGCCCCGACGGUGACUUCACGCCAGAGGAUUACAUGGGCCCGCCGACGCCCGAGUGGGCGACCUGGGGAAAUGGCGGGUUCGAUCCGAGGGACCAGAGGGUCGAUAAGAAGGGGCGGCCAAUAGAAGCGGCGUAG